UUCUUUUCAUAAUCGUUAUAAUAAGUCAUAAUAAUUCAUAAAUUUUUAUAACAUUUGAUGAGUUUUUUUUAAUUUUUAUGAUAAAAUGCGUCUGUCGUUCGCACAAAUCUUGUUGAUAAUAGCAAUAUUAAUAAUAACAACUACGUUUACUACUUUGGUUAUGAAGAACAACGAGUAUGUCGAUUUUGCAAUUUUAGAAAUUAAAAAAACAGCCAACGAAUGGAAGGUUGUUUUAAAUAAAUUCAGAAAUCAAAAUCAAAUUAAAACAAGCAAUCGAAACAAAGGAUUAAUAAAAAACAAAAACGAAAAGUUGAAAAUUAAAACUUUCGAAAAUCUAACUUUAAAUACAGAUAUAGAUAUAUUAAGAAAAGUUCUUACAUUGAAUUUAAUAAAAUUAGACAGUGUUCUAAAAUAUAGAACGACUUAUAGGCUGCUCGUUAUGGUUACGUCACAAUCAAGAAACAGUGUGCGCAGAAAAUGGAUCAGGAAAUUGUGGGGAAAUAAAUCAGUGUGGAAAAGUAAAAAGUGGCGAUUAGUAUUUGUUACUGGACAAGAGCAAGACGAUAAGUUGAUGAAAAAAUUAACUAAAGAAGCAAAAAGAUACAAAGAUAUUUUAAUCGUAGAUAUUGUAGAAAAUAUUUACCAUUCAACAAAUAAAACAAUUAUUGGUUUAACUUGGGUUUCACACAAUAUAAACUUUGAAUAUGUUUUAAAGGCGCACGAUGAUACAUUUGUUCACAUCGACAAUGCGAUACACUUUCUAGAAAAUAUAAAUAAAUCUUUCGAUGCCUACUAUGGUAACGUCAAUGUUGACAGUUUAGUUCAUAGAACAGGAGCUUAUGCAGUAACUAGAAGGGAACAUUUAUUAGACAAAUAUGAUCCAUACUGUUCUGGUAGUGGCUUCAUAAUGACGAAUAAUAGUGUCUCAGAAAUUAUUCCCUACUUUGACUUGAAAAGAGCGUUUAAAAUAGAUGACGUUUACAUUGGAGAAAUAGCCUUGAGAGCAGGUAUCCCUGCAAUACAUACUCAAGGAUUUUACAUGUCGAAUAUCGAAUGUGAGUACGAAGACGAUAUAAUUGCGUCGCAUCCAGUAAAAGAUUUCGAAUGUUUAAAAUUUUUAACUAGUAAAAGUUCACAAAUAAACAAUAUCACGAAAUAUAUUAUUAUAUAUAUAAUUUUGACAUUCAUGAAAAAUUAUUUAUAAUAUGUUUUUUUAUUAACUUAUUUAAUUAAAGUGAUUUACAGUACAGUUAUACAGUUGUACAUUUUGUUGCAUACAUACUAUUGCGUAA